AUGGUCUCACUUCAGUCGCCGUCUCUGGCGCACAUGUCGCGCGCGCAGGUUGUGAUGGUGGCGUGCGGCGCGGGCUUCGCUUUCCUCGCUGUGCUGCUGCUCCGUCAGCUCGUCAAACAGAGGAGACCCCCGGGAUUCCCCCCCGGGCCAUCUCCCAUCCCUGUCAUUGGGAACAUUAUGUCUCUGGUUACCGAGCCGCACGUUUUCCUCAAGAAGCAGAGUGAAGUUCACGGACAGAUUUUCAGUCUGGACCUCGGCGGCAUCUUGACAGUGGUGCUGAACGGCUACGACUGUGUCAGGGAAUGCCUUUAUCAUCAGAGCGAAGUGUUCGCUGACCGGCCGUCCUUGCCACUCUUCAUGAAGAUGACCAAAAUGGGAGGUCUUCUCAACUGCAAAUAUGGCAAAAGCUGGAUUGAACACCGCAAAUUGGCGUGCAACUCCUUCAGGUACUUUGGCAGCAGUCAGAGGCUUUUCGAAAGAAAGAUCUCAGAGGAGUGCAUGUUCUUUGUCGACGCCAUUGACGAGCACAAGGGCAAGGCUUUCAACCCCAAACACUUGGUGACCAACGCCGUGUCCAACAUCACCAACCUGAUAAUCUUUGGACAGCGCUUCACGUACGACGACAGCAAUUUCCAACACAUGAUCGAGAUCUUUAGCGAGAACGUGGAGCUGGCGGUGAGCAGCUGGGCUUUCCUGUACAAUGCCUUUCCAUGGAUCGAGUACGUGCCCUUCGGGAAGCAUCAGAAGCUCUUUCGCAAUGCCGCCGAGGUGUACGACUUCCUACUGCGGGUCAUAGAAGGUUUUUCCCAAGGCCGAGUGCCGCACGUGCCGCGGCACUACGUCGACGCCUACUUGGACGAGUUGGAGCAGAACUCGGGAAAAGCCGGCUCAUCCUUCUCGUACGAGAACCUCAUCUACUCAGUGGGGGAGCUCAUUAUUGCUGGCACAGAGACCACAACCAACACUUUGCGUUGGGCCAUGCUCUACAUGGCCCUCUAUCCCAAUAUACAAGAAAGGGCGCACAAAGAGAUCGACAGCGUGUUGGCGAACGGCCGAGCACCGACUUUAGAGGACAAACAGAAGAUGCCCUUCGUGGAAGCUGUCUUGCACGAAAUCCUGCGUUUCUGCAACAUUGUCCCACUGGGCAUUUUUCGCGCUACCUCCCAGGAGGCGCACGUCAACGGCUUCACCAUUCCCAAAGGCACCAUGGUGAUUACCAACCUAUAUUCGGUGCACUUUGAUGAGAAGUACUGGACGGACCCGGGCGUGUUCUCACCGCAGAGAUUCCUGGACAGUAACGGCAACUUUGUGAGACGGGAAGCCUUCCUGCCGUUCUCAUUGGGGAGGCGUCACUGUCUUGGCGAGCAACUGGCCAGAAUGGAGAUGUUUCUCUUUUUCACCACUUUGCUCCAGAGGUUCCACCUUCAGUUCCCUCCAGGAAGCGUUCCCACCGUCGCACCCAAAUUAGGCAUGACCUUGCAACCCAAGCCUUACUCCAUCUGCGCCAUCCGCAGACAGCACAAAGACACUCCUUAUCGCAACCCUUCCUUCUCAGGGCAGCGUCAGGUCAGACAAACGAAAGCCAUGGUUGGAGCUGCGGGCGCAAAUGACUUUCCAAGAACAUUCCGCACACUGCACGGAGCUGGACACGAGCCAGUUUUACAUCAUCUGGACUGA